GUGUGUGUCUCAGGAAAGCAAACCACAUCUAAGAAGUAUUUGAAUGACUCAGCAUCUAAUUGUAUAUCACUUUCAAGUAUUAACAGAAAAGACAUUUUUGGUCAGACAUUAUUGCAUAGGGCUGUUAUAAAAGGUGACCUGGACCAUAUAUGUGCAGUGAUUAAAUCUGGUGCUAAUGUAAAUGCCAAAGACUAUGCAGGGUGGACUGCUCUACACGAAGCUAGUUUAGUUGGGUUUUUUGAAGCAACAAAUGAACUUUUACAAGCAGAUGCUGAUGUCAACUGUAAAGGACAAGGACAAGUAACACCAUUACAUGAUGCAGUUAGAGAGGGUCAUUACAAGGUGGCAGAGUUGCUUCUUUGGUAUGGGGCUGAUCCAUUAUUCAAGCAUGAGAAAGGGAAGUGUGCCUUAGAGGAAACUACUGACAAACGGAUGAAGAAACUGUUGGAAAGUUACAUACCUAACUCUACUAGAAGUUCAACAUCAGACUGCUCAUAUUCUGAGGAAAAGGAGAAAGCUUCUUCCAGUCAGCAGUUGUCUACUAAAGCAGCUAGAGUAAACAAAAGAAAUGCUAAAGGAGAAACUUGCUUGCAUUUGGCAGCAAAAAAAGGAAAUUUGUCUCUAGUGAAGUCCUUAAUAGCAUCUGGAGCAUGUGUAAAUCAAAAAGAUAAUGCAGGGUGGAUGGCAAUUCACAAAGCUUCCAUUGGAGGAUUUGUUGAUAUUACCUCAGAACUGCUGAAAGCAGGUGCUGAAGUAAACAGCAAGGGUCUUGAUGGUGUAUUGCCAAUCCAUGAUGCUGUUUCAGGCAAUCACUUUGAGGUAGUACGAUUUUUGCUGGAUCAUGGAGCAGACCCUACUGAGACUGAUUAUGGUGGGGAAAAUGCCAUGGAUAAAGCCACCUGUGAUAAAAUGAAAGAACUUCUGAAGUCUUAUGCCGCUACUGAAACCAAAAAGACCUCUGGGAUGAAUGAUGUUGCUAGUAGAAGAGAGUUAAGCCUUUCUCACUCUAGAAAACCCCGUUAUUGUCGUGACUGCUAUGGAGAGGAUUAUCUGUCUGCAUGCCUCAAUGCCACUAAACAAAAAAGUAGGACCCAGCAUGAAUCUAUCAGUGACAUAUUGCAGGCUAUGGAAAAGAAACAGAAUAAACUUUUAUUCUUUGAAUUAAGGAAUCAAAGAGAUGCCGAUUUGUAUAUUCAAGAUCUGUCUCAGAUACAGAAUAUUCUGAAUGAAGUCCUUGCCAAACAGAAGUCAGAAAGGAAUGACCUUGCUAAAAAAUACAGAGCUUCUGUGGAAUCUUUUAAACAGGGAGCCCUGAGGGAACAGCUGGUUAAGCUUGUUUCCAGGCAAAAGAGCCUUCUGCACAUGGCACAGAAACAGAAAGAAUUAGGCCAGAAAGUACAAAAUUAUAAGAAAGCAAAGAAUGAAUCUUUGAGUUUGGCAAAACAAACCCCAAGCACAUCCAGCUCAUGUGAAAGAAACAGCACAAAAGAUGGUACAUCUGAUAGAACACCCCAGUGCCCUGAUGUGGCCAAGGGCAUGGAAUCUACCUUGGUCAUGGAAAGUAGCUUUUUAGAUCAAGAGCACAACCAGAAUCCAAAUGUAUCUCUGAAUGAAGGAAAUGGGGCAAUAGUUAGUCACAAUGUUGUUGGGUCUCAUAAUGAGGUUUCCAAAAAGGGGGAAUAUACAACUGAUAAUAUAUCAGACUUCCAGUUUUCCAGUGCUGUGGACCAAGCAACAUUGCCUUCAGAACCUAUUUGUUUUAUCAAGACAAAACCAUCACAGCUAAAGGAAACUGAUUGUGAAUCAGUGGGCCCAGGAAGAAACACACCUCCCGCUGCAGUACCUGUGACCUGUGAACUAAAUAUUUCUGAAACGACGAACAUUUCUGUCAGUAGUGUCAAUCAGCAAACUGCAUUGGUUUGUAUGAAUGAGACCUUCCAGCAACAUUCACGUGUAAAUGAGACUUACCAAACACAAAAAAUAACCAACCUAGAAUCCAUACACAGCUGUCUUUCCACUUCUCAGAAAAAUAUUUCAGACAACAGAACAUCACUUAAUGCCGGCUUAGGACUUCCAGGGGUGGUUUCCAGGGUGUCAUCACCAAGCAGGAACAGUCAGGAUGGCUCUAAUUGCUCCGCCAAGCAGGAUUCUGAAAAUCAAUUCAGUUUCAAACCAAAAAGAAGGAAAAAAACCCAACUGCUAGAUCUGAUUGAACAAGGAAAGAUUAAGCCAGGAGAUGAUGUUCUAGAAUUCACACUCCAGGAUUUCAAUCACAAAGCUAGUCUUUUGGGAAAUGGCAAAGUCAAAGCUGGCAACAACACAGUUUACCAGAGUCCAGUCCAAUGGAUUAAAGCACUUUUGGGAAAUGAUAUUUCUGUAAGCUGCAAAUACGUGUGGAAUAAGGUCACAUACUGUGGAACACUGCUAUCAAAAAUUGUUGCUGAAGUUCACAUUCCUAAUGAAUCGCUACAACAAGAAAAGCCAGUUGAACCUCCUCAUCAGCCCACUUUAUCAAAAGAACUCAGAUUUCUUCAGUUUAAUGAACUUGUCUUAAUAGAGGAUGAAGAAUUUCUGCCACAACAUGAAAUGGAUCAGUACUGGAACUUGUAUAUCCAUUGUGAAAAUUUUGGAUUUUAAAUAACUUUUUGAAAGAAAUAUUUUCUUCCAUGUCUGUUAAAAUAGGUAUAGAUACUUCUAUGGUCAGUUUUGGCUGGACUGUUUGUUAGCCCAGUGGUUGUAAAAUUCUACCUGUAAUCUCCAUUUAACCUAGAAAGUUUCAUUAGCAGUGGAUCGAUACCUCAUUUCAUUUUGCUGCUAGACAAGAGAGCAUUUUUCUCAUGUCUGUCCAUUAUGGACCUUAUUAAGUUUCUUUUCCUUCCUUAAGAGCUGAAGUGGCUUACAGUGAUAUCCUAAGCAGAGUUACACCCUUCUUAAGUACAUGGUGUUUUCUAUAUGGGGACUAAUUUCUGUGGCUUCCUCACUGCUCCUGCAGCUGCCAGUAAAACACAGCAAUAAUGGAGCACACACACGGCAGGUUUUUCCACAUUAUCCCAGCCUCGGGGCCAAACAUGACAGCUGCCACAGGUAGUUUGGCUCAUUCCCUUGCAGCAGCCACCCCUUCUUGCCAUCAAAGUGUUUUUUCCAAUUAAAAAACAACAACCUUGAAAAUGUCAAAAAAGUUAUUACAAUCUUAUCAAGUGCUCUGAAUUCCAACUUUCAAUUAAAAAACCCCUCUCUAGCUUCUUUCUUGCAGAGAUAUAAGAGGAAAGGCACAUCCUUACAACAAAAGGGACUAGUAACUUGCUUUUUAAAAAACUGAAAGUGGCGAAUUCAGAGAACCUGGUAAACUGGCUGUUGUAACAUUAUCAUCAUUGCCGUUUUUAAAAAUAGCUGUCAAGUCACAAGGGGAAAUGCCUGCCACGGGGGACUGGAGCAGGAAAAUGGUAGAAAUGUGAGUGGGACUGGGAAGAUAGAUACUUCCUGCCCAUGUGGCUACUGUUCUGGCUUUGCUGCAAUAUGUUUCAAACCAUCACAGCACAGCAGGUUGGAAAAGAAUGCAGUGAAAAUAGAAAUGACCCAGGAGGUAAACAGAAGCACAGGGCAGGGGGCAAUAAAGCCACUUCCUAGUAGUUGGAUCAAGCAACCUGUGUAUCAGCCCCUAAAUCAAUGGACUUAGGAGGAACUCUGCUUAGGAUGACAUUGCUAAUAGCACAGUAUUUACUUUAGAAUGGAGCUCCAAAACUGUUGUUGCUAUGAAGAGAAAUGCAGAAACAAAAAGUCAACUUUUUAUUUUUAAAGCAAUUGCUUUCUCAUCAAACUGUUUGAAAGUAAUGCUAGCCAUGGGAUCACAUGCUGCUUCUUUCAUCGUUUAUUCCCUUCCUGUAAAUUCCUCUCCACCAUUGGUUUUCCUAUGGCUUGUGUUAACUCUGGUUCCUUCUUACCCAAGGUAAAAAAAGUCAGACUUCCAAGACAGUAAGCAAACCCAUAUUAACAGGAAAUAUAGUGUUAACUUUGCUUUAACUCUGGUACUGAUGAAAUCCUUAACCAGGCUAAUGGAAGAGAAAAUGCGCGACAAGGAUGGGCUUGUUGCUUUCUUUUAUGAUCUUACCCAUGGUGAAAGGAUCACUAUUGUUUCUUUUGUAUGAGCCUAUUGAGAGCAGAAAAAAUACUCCAUAAGUGGUGCUUGCUCACUAUGGAAUUUUGUUGCACACAGAGGUAAAAAGCUUAUUAAUCACUUGUUCAACAAUAUCCAUGCACAUCAAAAAGAAUAUAAGAGUCUUUUUCCUGGUAAAAUGAUCACUAUGGGCUUUAAAACCAGUAAUGUAUUCAGCAUUCUAGCCUUCAAGGCAAUUGUCUCUGCUUUGCAUUUGGAAUCUUUCCUCCUUGUAUGCUUGUGUAUUGAUAGCAAGGGGCUGCAAUGAUAGGCACUGCUCACAACCUCUUCCCUGGAGUCUUCGCUGCUUAUUCAGAAAGAGUGUAAACUGCAGAAGUGAAGAAAUUGAUAACCGAAGCAGGGGAAGGGUUAAUGUCAGAGAAGGAUUGUCAACUGAGUAGAAGGAAAGACUUCAGGAAGGAAAAUUUGCCUUUCCACUUUAGCAUUCUUCGUUGGAAAGAAUUUUUAGUCUGAAAUGUAAAACUGUCUUUAGUAUCAACACGUAUUGAGUAAAAGCUUAUUUAGUUGCAUUGACAGAUCUUUUUGAAUUUUGAUUAUUCUGACUUUGUUGUAACUAAUUAAUUAAAACACAUAUGGGAAGGAAGUAGUGGUUUGUAUUGUACUCAUGCCUUAACUGCAGGGGAAAUCUACACAUUAAAUUAACUUCCCAAAUAA